UGCCUUUCCCAAAACAAGGGCUUGUCCCCUGGGCUGCUUGGUGCUUUGACAUCUUGUCUCCAUGGCAGUGCUCAGCUGGCAAGAGUGACAAAAGAGGCCGUGUUCAUUGACUCGGGCGCCCUGGCCAGCGCAGCCAUGCUGGGUGAUGCAGCAGGCAGAGCAGCUGCUGCGGCCGGCAGUGAAGAGGCAAAAUGGCUCUGGCUGUCCUCUUGGCAGCAGUCCUGGGACUUCUUAUUGUCAAGGCUGUUUUGUUUCAGCUGAGAAACCCGGACUCCCCUCCUUGCAUCAGGAGCUGGAUCCCUUGGUUUGGAGCUGCAUUUCAGUUUGGGAAAGCUCCUCUGGAGUUUAUAGAGCAAGCUAGAAGCAAGCAUGGCCCUGUAUUCACAAUAUUUGCUCUGGGAAAACGGUUUACUUUUGUGACUGAGGAAGAAGGCACUGAAGCAUUUUUUAAAUCAAAAGACUUAAAUUUUGAACAGGCAGUACAACAAGCUGUCGAGAACACAGUUUCUGUCCCGGCAGAAGCAUUUUAUCAGAACCACAGUAAUCUCUACAGCAUGAUGAAAGGAAAAAUGGGUCCCUCCAAUCUGCACAUGUUCAUGGGCACUUUGUGUAAGGAACUACAUGAGCACAUGGCACGUCUGGGCACAGGGGGCACAGGCGACCUCAAUGACCUGGUAAGGCACGUCAUGUAUCCAGCAGUGGUGAACACUUUGUUUGGAAAAGGCAUCUGCCCAACAAGUCAGAGUGAAAUCAAGGAGUUUGAAGAACAUUUUCAGAAGUACGAUGAGGACUUUGAAUACGCUUCUCAGAUGCCUGAGUGCUUCCUGAGGAACUGGUCUAAAUCCAAAAAAUGGCUUCUAAAUUUAUUUGAGAAAGUAGUGUCAGAUGCUGAAAGGACCAACCCUUCAGAGACCACAUCCAAGACACUACUGCAUCAUCUCCUGGAUAACUUGCAAGGAAAACAUCUAGCUCCCAAUUACGGUCUCCUAAUGCUCUGGGCUUCCCAAGCAAAUGCUGUCCCUAUUGCAUUUUGGACCCUUGUUUUCAUACUCUCUUGUCCUUCCAUUUACAAGAAAAUCAUGGAAGACCUGGCUUCUGUUUUUGGCAAAGCAGGUAAAGAUCAGCUAGAAGUCUCUGAAGAGGACCUUAAGAAGCUGCCUUUUAUUAAAUGGUGCACUUUGGAAGCCAUACGGCUGAGGUCUCCAGGUGCAAUCACCAAGAAAGUAGUAAACCCAAUAAGAAUUCAGAAUUUCACCAUCCCUGCAGGUGACAUGCUGAUGUUGUCACCGUAUUGGUUGCACAGAAAUCCAAAAUAUUUUCCUGACCCAGAAAUGUUCAAACCUGAUCGUUGGAAAGAGGCAAAUUUAGAGAAGAAUGCUUUCUUGGACAGCUUUGUGGCAUUUGGAGGAGGGAAGCAUCAGUGUCCAGGAAGGUGGUUUGCUAUCAUGGAAAUCCAGUUGUUCGUUGUGCUAUUCCUAUACAAAUAUGAAUUUGUGCUUUUGGAUGCAGUACCAAAGGAGAGCCCUUUACAUUUGGUGGGGACACAGCAACCCAUGGCACCGUUCUGGGUCCAGUACAAAUGCCGGGAAUAAAAGUUGCCUGGCACUAACCUUCCUUUGCCAGCCACCCCUGGAUGGAUGGACCACUGAGCUGCUUCCCUAUCCUACAUCUUCAGAUAGGUUCUCUGCCUUAACAGUGUUUAAUUUUGACUGUAAAUGCUAUAUACAUCCCUGCAUUGUGGUAUGCCAUACCAGUGUAGCUGUACCUGUGCUUCUCACCUGUUUGCCUACCUCCUGCUUUAAAAAUCAAGCUCUCCUGCUGCAGUCAUAAUUUGUGGGCCAAUUAUUCGCAGACUUUGCAAAUCUGAUAUACUAAACUUACCAACCAGACAUUCAGGACAAAAAGCUGCGAUGUUUGGAAAUCCUGCAUGGAGGUCAAGCUAGAACCAAUGGAAAAGCAGGUCCCUUGGGCCAGGUCACUGCUUCCUGUGGGUCUCCUCGAACCAAGGCCAAAGUGGUGCCUCAUGCUAAGAAAUCAGAUUGGUAGCUCCAUAUGGCUCCCCGGUGCUGGUGUGCACAAAUCACGGGACAGUGCUGAGCACAGACCUCCGGAUCAGAUCCACAGCCAUGAUAAACUAGCGUGACUUACAUAUCACUGCCUGUGAAGGUAGAUGAACAUCUGGCCUGCUCUGCCUACAAUCAGUGCCAACUUUUUGCAAAUAAAAUGCAUUUGUAAUGGAAAAAUUGCAAGUAUGGGAAACACUGGGCUCUUGUUCUGUUGGAGCACCUAAAACUUCUACUGAGCUUUACUUGACUUCUACUGAGCUUUACUUGCUCCAGAGGAUUCAGAAUCAGUCCUUGCAUGAAUAUGCAAUGAAAGUUUGAUCGUGAUGUUUGGCUUCUAAUGAAGUGACUGCAAGAAAAGCUACUGCUAUUCAUUAGAUGGGUUGUCUAAUAUCUGGAACAUUUUUGCUUUCCCUUUAACAUGACUUACUUAUAGAACAAAGAACAAAUUGCACAAAUUAAAAAUAUUUAAUCCUAUAAGGAACACCUAGUAAAAGUUGUUCGAAGAAGCUGUCAGGUAAGUUCAGAUACCAACAUUUUAACUGCUGCCAGAUCUUAUAUAUGAUAAUAGCUGGCAUGUAUUUUUAGUCUUUUAAGUAAAGAUUAUUCAUCAUUUUAGAAGUAUUUGCAAAAAAACCUCCACAAAUGGACUUUCAACAACUGUAAAACCUAUGGGAAUGAUAUCCAGAGGAAAAUAACACAUUGUAUAUUUCAUUACAUGGUUGGAUUACCUCAGUCAGGGAUACAUCAAUGUAACAAACUUUAAUGAUUUAUAUGGCUGGAAAAUUAUUUGUUCAGCUUCCAAUUCAGCUUAUAAUUGUUAACUCUGCAAGAGUGGCACUCUUAACUGCUGUUCCAGUAUCUCUUCCAUAACUGAAAACUAUUCUCUUGGUUUUCACAUGAUUAUUAGCCAAAAGUGUAUAUUUUAAUUUUAAAAUUUGGUAAUGUCCACAAUAUUUGUUCAGGUAUCCUGUAGUCUUGCAAAGAUAAUUUUUUUUCAACUUGCAUUUUUCAUUUUUCUGUUUAAUUGAUUUUGGGGGGGGGGGGGGGGGUGUUUUGGUUGUGAUUUUUUUUUCCCUCAAGAAAGGUAACUCAAAAAAGCAAAAUUCUGUAAUGAGAAACUUGGCUUUGAAGUAAGAUGUCCAUAAAGGAAAGUAUAACCUGAAGGUCAGCAUCAAUUUGGUUGGAAUCAAUAAAAGGCAUGUGAAGCCACCUGUGAAGACA